UUAUCGUUGAAUCGAAUCGAAUAGGAGAGAGACAGGCCUCAAAAUGGGGAAAUUGCAUAUCACAUCGUUGCUCCGACCACACAGUGCCAGUGUUAGCUAUAAGGCGAUCGAAGCGGCGGCUGUUGAGGAGUUACCAGCAACAUCUAUAUCAGCAACAACAUCCCAGGCUGCAACAAAAUCCCAACAGUUGGCAACAAAAUCCCACACAUCUGCAACAUUAACCCAACAAACAGCAGCAACAUUAGACGUCGCUGGAACAACAGAAAAAACUUGUGUGGGUGUUGAGUUUGUGCCCACGCUAAACUUUUUGUUCGAGAAACCAACAAAAACAGCAACCACAACAACAUCUUUUGAUGCGCAACAGUUUUCCGAGCACUUGCAACAUGUUGCCAACACAGCGGAUAACAAUGAACCUGCAGAUGAUUGCAACUCCACCAUUUCCGGCGACUCCAACGAUUCCACACACACAUACAUAAUCUCGAGAAGCAGUUGGACACCAGCCACAUCGAGCAGUACACCCUAUGCGGUCACCUCCACAGAUACCGCCGAGUUAAUCAGGAGACAAAACAAUCUCAGUCUCACGGAGGAGGAGGAUCAGUCACCGGUGUCAUCGUUUAGCAUUGAACAACCCACCAGUUCCAUGACCAUUGACAUGGCCGAUCAGCAGACGACAGCAACAACCACAACGACCACGAGCAGUGUGGAUGUUGUGGCAGCAAAUACAACAACGACGGCAACGACUACAACCACAACGACAAGUAGUAGCAUCGAGGAGGAUAUCGAAGAGGCCAUUGAGAUCAGUGAAGUGGAGGAGCAACUCAAUUCACCGCUCGAAUCUCUGUCGGAGGCAGCCGCUUUUGCUCGACCCAAAGAGCAGCCAUCAAGUGCCAAAAGCUUGACUAGCAAUGUGGAUGAGGAUGAAGAUGAUGAGGAUGCAGAUGCAGCUGAGUUUCGUAUCGAUGAUGCAGAGCUAUCCGGUGGACAUUUGGCCCAACACUUUCUGGUUGAUGACAGCGAAGAGGAAUCCGAUCUGCCAGCUCCAACAUCCAAAGUGGAGGUAACCCUCUCCUCCAAUGAUGAUGACUUUGACAUUAGUUUACCUCUGGAGCAAAGGAAACCGGUGCAUUCGCUGCACGAGGAAGAACACUCUGUGGAUCAGAGUUUGAGCAAUCAAAGCACUACGGAUGAUGUAUCCGAGUUGAUUGAAGAGCCGGCACAUGAAGCGGAAGACGACAAGACCCAAGAGAGUGAUGAUGCUCCGCAGGAAACUCAUUUAGAUGAAAGCCAAAUGACCGAAGAGCAGGAUCAUUCAAUGGAGGAAAUUGUGGCCACCAAUGAAUCGAUUGAGGUCACUUAUGAAGCAGAGGAAACAGCCAAUACAAACUCCCAAAAGGUAGAGUUAAUCACAGACUUGGAUGAUGAGCAGGAACCGGAACAGGAGCAGGUUCCAGAAAGACCCACAUCCACAGUGGAAACAUUAAUUUUACCACCUCUCCAAGAAACACGAGUGGUGGAGAACAAGGCGGCCAGAGCACUGUCAUCCAUACGAUUGCAGCCAGAGUUAAUGGAGCCACUGGAACUAACUCUUUUGGAAGUAGAUGUGGAUGAGGAUGAUGAUGAGGACGAUGAGGAGAGCUCCCUCCAAUUGAUGAAGCUGCGUCUGAUGGCCAUGAAUCAGCAAAUGAUCACUGACAAUGCACCCAAGCUCUCACCCACGGAGGCGGAGCAAGCACAAGUAACCAGCACCAGCAACAGUUUGGAACUCAAACAAAUGGAGCGUGUUCCAUUAACUGAAUUCUCCAAGGAUGUCCUCGAAGAUAUCACGGAGGAGAGCGAACGACAGCUCUCCAUGAGCACCACCAUUGAGGAGGAGCAGGAACCACCUUCACUGUCCCUUGAUGAGUCGAGAACAUUGCUCCUGCAGGCAGGAGCCAAUAAAACUGGAGUCGUAGGAAGCAGUUCCAGUAUGCUGCAACAAUUGGAGGCCAAGGUCCAGGAGCUGCACACUCAAUUGGAGACCAAGGAUAAUUGUUUAGCCUCGUUGAAUCUGCAACUGGAGGCAGCUAGAAGGGAAUCAAGUGCGGGUCCAGCUUCGGCAAGAGAUUCCAGCUCCAUGAUGACCAAUUCCACAGAGUAUCGCACACUCCAAGAUGAGCUCGGGGGACCGACUCUGGACAUUUAUGUGGAGAUGUCGCGGCGAGAUGAAAUGAUUGCCAAGCUCACGGAUUCCCUGCAGCAAUCUCUGACUGUUCGUGAAAAACUCCAAAUGGAUUCGGAACGCCUUGGUGGCGAGGUACAAAAUUUACGCCGCCAGCUCCAGGAUGCCAUCGAGUCUAUGAAACGUUCGAGCGUCGGUUGGCCCGAUCAUGAGUCGAAUCCCGGCCAGCGUCUAUCGGAGAUCUCCAUGGAUCUGAUUAGCGAGAGCGACGAUGACUUGGAUCGACAUUUUCUCACCGACAACGAGGAGAGAGGUUCACGUAGCUCAAGGGAGAGACAAUUGCCUCAGUUUCCAGCCAACAGCAAUGAUGACUUGCAACCAGAAUGGACACCAGCGUUUAGCAAACAGAUCGAGCAAUUCCACACCUAUCUCUUGCCCACGGAGCAGAGAAUAUUCCUGAUGGUCCAGCGCAAGUUCGAUGACUAUCUGAGUCAGCAGCUGGCCUCGUGUCGGGACCAAGGAGUUCAGGAGUUAAAGAUUGCUCGGGAUCAAUGGGAGAGUGAAAAGCAAACCGCCGAACAGGUUCAACAGGCUGCACAUGCCAAACAGAUGGAGGAACUGCGCAAGUACUUUGAAAACAAGUGCGCCGAUCUGGAGAAACAGUUCUCGGACGAUGUCUUCUCGCACAAGUCGCAGCAUCUGGCCAGUGAUAGCUCUUCGGAAUGCUCCGAAAUGGAUCAGAUGGUCGAGGAUGAGGUGGUAACGGCAGCGCCGGCCACUUCCUCAAAGGAGCCAUCGCCCCGGAAGCGAAAGAGAGCUGAGCUCCUGCUGAGUCCAAGUCACAGGCAGAUGACACCUUGUGGCUUAGAUUCUUUGGGAGGGGAUAAUCCAGAAGCGGCCAAAGAUUCGUCUCAGGAUGUUAUUGAUCUUAAGAACUUCUACCAAUCACAUAUCAAGGAACUGAAACGAACUCAUGAGGAUCAAGUGCGCAAGUUAAGCGAUCGCGUCAAGUUCUAUGAGCGUCGCCAGGGGGACGAUGACUACAAGCCUGAAAGCGAAUCACCCGCACGUACCUGUCUCCGGGAUCAGGAAAUUGGAGCCGGAGAUGGUCCCGCGAAUACCUCGUUGAUUAUCAUCGAUGAGGAUGAACUGAAUUUGAACAAUGAAUCCCAGGUGAUUCAGCGCAUAAUCGAGGAGUAUGAGAAAAGGCUGCAGGAGCAACUGGCCUUGGCUCGCCAGGAUAUUGCCAAUGAGUUGGAGCAACAGAUUCAGAAUUUAUUGUCGGAGAAUACCGUGGAUGAUCAGCAUUGGCCCAAGGAGCUGAUCUUGCUGCGUGAAAAGUUUACGGCCAAAAGUCAACUGGAGAUCACUCAACUGAAUAUUAAACAUGCCGACGAGAUGUCGCGUAUGAAACUAGAAUUUGAGAAGCAAUUGAAUCGGAAGAACAAGCGGCAUUCCACCUUCGAUGCUGCCCGUGAUCUGGAGCAAGUGAUUUGCGAAAGGGAUGGCUUGAGGGAAUUGUCAAAGAGUUUCCGCAGUGUGCUUAGCAAAUUGGCCAAAUGUGUGGCCAAUUGUGAGGAGGAUUUGAAUUCUACACUUUCGGAAGAUUUGCAACGUCUGCUGUUGCCCCUUAGCCGGAGUCAAGAUGCGGGCGAAGAGCUGGAUGUCACGCUCAGUGGCUCUCUCAACAACACCCGACAAAUACUUCGUGUCCCAGAUGUUCACAGUCUUCUGGAGGUUGUGGAGGAUCCCAGUCUGGUGCAAUUCAUCGAUAGCAAAAGCAAUGAAGAGCCCAGCGAAGAUUUCGAUUUGAAUGAUUGCUUGGAGCGUCUCAAGUCCGAGGCUUCUUAUCUAUUGCAUUUGUCCGAGGAUUUGCACAGGCCACGUGCCCAGGAUGAGGCCUCGGAGGAGCCACUAGAUGAGCCGGAAAAGCAAGAGCAUGAACUUUGCUGCGAGGCAGAAGAUGGCCUGAAAAGCACAGCCGCCGUGCUGUCCAAGUUUUUGAGGACCAACUCCCUAAACGAUCAGCAAAUGGGCGUGGCCAAUCAACGAAAGCAUAGCAGUCCAGAGGCGGGAAAAACCCAUACCUCUCUGCCGCCAGAUCUCUACGAGCAGGAAGGCAAUGCCUCGCAGUUAUCCUUCCAGCUGGUGGAACUCAAGAACCGUCUAAUAAAGUCAGAGACUGAUCGCCAAAAGCUACAGCAGCAACUAAGUAACACAAUCGAUCGCAAUGCGGAGUUGGGACAGGAAUUGCAAGCCUUGAGAGAUCAGCUCUCCCAGCUAAACUCCCUAAACCACACAGACUACAACGAAGGCUAUGGCCUGGGUGGACCUGGAAUGAAGAGCUUGCAGGAGCAGGAAGGAUUAGAUCAAUCCUCCGCCAGUUUUGUGGCCCUGCAGGAGAGGGCACGCCACCUGCUCUCAUCAUCCUCGCCAGUUAAGGACGCACAGCCUUUGAGGGAUCCAGGAAAUUCCACAGUCACGUUGCUUCAAAUGAUUGAAGACUUUUGCCGUGAGGGAGACAAGGUGGUGGAGUAUGGCAAAAAGGAUCGUGAGGAUCUGCAGUCUCAGAUCGAUACCGCUGACAAGCAGCUGAAGGACACCAGGCGUUUCCUGGAGGAUCAGGCCGCUGAACGCGAACAGGAACGUGAUGAGUUCCAGCGCGAAAUUGAGCGGCUAAAGGCUCAAUUGCGUGACAAGGAGAAGGAGCAUAGCUCCUAUGCCAAUGCCUCCGAGGAGUUUUCGAAGAAAAAGCAUUAUGCCCAGCUGGAGGGUCAGUUGCGAGAGGUGAGCCAUCAGCUCAGCGAAUCGAAUGCCAAGAGGGAUAAGUUUGAGGUGGAACUAAAGGCUUCGAUUGACAAGAUAUUUGUGCUGAGGGAAAUCAUCUCGGAACUGGAGACCCAAGUCCAGACCAAGGCCAUCAAUGAACAGGUUCUGACCGAGAAGGCCAAGCAACUGGAGGAUUAUGUGAGCUUACAGAUCAAGGAUAAUGAUGCAUUGCAGCAGGAGGUGCAUAGUCUGAAAACGGAUAUCGGCGAAGGUUAUCAAUCUCGCAUCAGAUUGCUGGAGGAGAAGUUGCAACUUGGAAGACCCACAGCAGAACAGGGACAAGUUCUCAGUCAAGUGGCAGAAAAACUGCGUGAUAUCGAAACCACCUUGGAUCAGAAGACCAAAGUCCUGGAGUCACUGCACAACUCCAACACGGCCUCCAAUUCAACAAGUCUGAGUGUCACCGAAGAUGUUUCCGUUCAUGGCAGCAAAGAUCGCACGGCAGAGGGUUCUCCCACACAUCCAUCGCUCACCAUCGAGAAUGUGCAGCGGGUCACCGAGAAGCUGGACAAGCACACCCGGGUGGAGGAGGCGGCCAUCAAGCGGAUACGGGAUCUGGAGAUGCAGGCACAGCAAAUGCGUACCGGCUAUAUGGAUCUCCAACAUGAGCGGGACUCACUCCAAGGUCGCAUGGAUGAGCAGACCCAUCGCAUAUCCACACUUCAAAAUCGCUUGGAGGAGCAAAGACAGCGGGCUGAGCAACUGCAUCGUGCUGGCACCUCCGAUCUGACCACCAAAGUCCACGAACUCCAGGGUGAAGUGCAGAAUCUGAGUGAGCAACUAACUGCUCGGGAUAAGCAAAUGGCCACCAUGAGACAGCAGUUGCAACGCAGCAAGGAGGAGAUCAUGCGCCUCGAAGCAGAGCUCACAGUUCGAACUCAACCGGAUCGGAGUUUGGUGGACAAACUGGAGGCGGAGGUGAAACAAAAGACCACCGAGAUUGGGAAACUAAAGGAGAAGAUUCGCACGGAAAUGAUCAAUCGUCUGGCUCUGCCUGAUCUUAUGCAAACUAUGCUGGCAGAUAAGAACGAUGAGAUUGAUCAUCUUCGCGAUCAACUAGAGGCCAGGGAAAAAGAAUUGCUACAGGCAACCCAGGCACAGGAUGUUAGCCCAAUCUCCUCGCCAGCAGGAGGAGGAGGAGGAGAUGGUGGAACGGGAGCAGGAGGAAAGCUAAGUGCACGCACUCUCAGCGAUAUUGGAUCAAUUACCGAAUAUCCCGAACCGGAUGUGGACCGAAGAGCGGCUAUGAGAAGCUUGAAUGCUCCUCUGCACAUGACUGACGGUGCGGGUGGCUUCCUGCAUCAGACAAUGGAGACAUCCAAGGAAGCUGUGGCCAACUUAACGCACAAGCGGACCGACGAUCUGAGUGGCUUUAUGGCCCCGUAUCCGGUCAACACCUUUGAGCAUCCUCACUACUUCCAGGCUUUGGGAGUCACUGCCCAGAGCAGCGAUGGCCUCACACCUGGCCUUGUGCCGCGGCAGAUCAACUUCUCUAAUCUCACAGAGGAUUCCAAGUUAAAAACGCCCAGCAUGAUGGUUAUGCGAACCCCAGAGAUGCCCAAACCCAUGACUCCACCGGAAGUGCAUCAAUUGCGACAGAAAGUGUCCACCUUGGAACAGGAGAAACAGCGUCAGCAGACUGAAGCCGAGAAGAACUUGCAGGAUUUGAGGAAGCAACUGGAACAGGAGAAGGAGCAAGUCAUUCGCCAAGCACAAACCCUGCAAAGUCACCAAGAAAGUGAGCAAAAGUACAGACAGUGCAUUGAGUCGUUGGAAACCAAGAUUCUGGAGGCAGCUGCUCAGGAGGCCGCGGAGCGAGAAAAUCUUCGCAAGGAGCUCAACUACGUGAGUGUUGCUCAUGGUCAUUGCGAAGAUGCGGCAGCUGCUCGCAAGCGAGAGCUUGAGGCACUCAAUGUGGAGGUGAAAGUCAAGGCCGAUCAGCUGCAGGCUGCUCUCCGGCGAUGUGGAGAGCUGGAACUUCAGGUUCUAACCCUAGAGCGGGAUCUGGAACGUCUCAAGAACAGCGAGAAUAGCUCAAAGCAGUACUCCGUGGAUGAGAUCGCUCAGCAGGUGGAAAAGGAAUUGAAUUACUCCGCUCAGUUGGAUUCAAAUAUUCUCAAAGCCAUCGAGAGCGAGGAUGAGAACAAUCUGGACAAGAAGCAGCAGCAAAAGGAGGUGCAAACCGAAGAGGAGGAGCAUCUAUUGCCGGGCACUGGCAAUGGCACCGAUGACGAGAACUUUACCGGGGAACGGGAGCUGCUAAAUCAACUGGAGGCCCUCCGUGCUCAGCUGGCCGUGGAGCGUGAGCAAUGUGAGGCACUGAGCAAGGAGCUGCUCGGAGAGAAGCAGCACUCGCAAGACAUCCAAGAGCAGGAUGUGGUCAUCAUUGAGGCAAUGAGAAAGCGCCUAGAAACCGCUCUCGAUGCCGAGGAUGAGCUCCACAAGCAGCUGGACCAGGAACGCGAGCGAUGUGAGCGUCUACAGACUCAGCUCACAGCCCUGCAACGGGCGGAGAGUCGAAGGAACAGUUCUCUGCUCCUCAAAUCUCCCGGAGACUCUCCUCGCAAAUCCCCGCGUGCUGACUUUGAGUCGGAAUUGGGAGACAGGUUGCGCAGUGAGAUCAAACUGUUGGCCGCUCAGAACGAGCGAGAGCUUGAGAGAUCAGCGGAUGCACAACGUAGCAGUGAGCGGGAGCGUCAGCGGUACGAGAUGGAGCUCCAAGAGCGAGUGGCAUACUGUGAGCGGCUCAAGCAGGAGAUGGAGAAACUGUCUCGGGACAAGGAGUCGGCGGAAGCCGAACUGGAGCACUUCAACGAGCGUUUGACGCUCCAGGCGAGCGAGGUGGAGAGCCUGGAGGCCAGGCUGGUCACUCUUCAGGAGGCAGAGACCCGCAGGGCCAACACUCGCACUCGACAGCAUCAGGAGAAUGUCCAGCUUCAGGCCGAGAUUCAUGAGCUGCGCUCCAAGCUGUUAGCUGCCGAAGCGGCAAAAGAUUCUCUGGAUCAAAAGAUCGUGCAACUUCGUUUCGAUGUGAGUCGCUCGGGACAGCGAGAAGCCAAACUGGCCGAGGCACUGGCUCAGGCCAACGAUCGGUUGGCACACAGUACCACCGAUGACACUGUGCCGGCUCAGUUUCUGCAGAAAAUGAAGGAGAUCAAUAACUUGCUGGUGGAGAAUACCCAGGAAAAUAAGCAAAUGGCUGAAACAGUACAAUUUUUAGUGGGCGAACGUUUGGCAUUGCAGAAGAAAUGCGAGGAGUUGAUGAACAGCUCUGGAAAUACCAAUGUAACUGAGCUUGAGGAACGUUGCCGUCAGUUAAUCGGUCGCUAUCUCCGCGUUGAGUCACAUCGCAAGGCUUUGGUCUACCAGAAAAGGUAUCUGAAGCUCACCUUGGAGGGUUACCAGGCCAGUGAGCAGUUGGCACUGCAGAAUCUGCGAGGAAGUGGAGCGCAAACUGUUAGCCAACGGAAUAUUAAAAAGAAGUUUAAGACUGUUGCCCUGGCCAUUAUAGCCAUUCAGCGAAUCAAGUAUAUUGGACGCAUUUGGCACACGGGCAAGCGGAUUGUGAGCAAAUCCGUCUUUACAAUUACCCAGCAAAGAAGUCCUGGACUCAAUAUGGCCCCCACAUUGCCAUCACCAUUGCCUGUGCCCAACUCCUCGAACUUACCCACCAAUAAUAAUAAUAAUAAUAAUAGUCACAACCUGACGGGACGCCUGAGCUAUGCACCUGUCUCGCCACCGAUGGUUAACUACAGCACAUUGCAGCCAAUAAUGUUGUCAUCGGAUUUUAACCUCCAAGCGCCAACCACAUCGUUGCACAACUCCAUCUCAAAUAAUAAUAAUAAUAAUAAUAACAGCAGCAAUGAUGCCAAUGGUCUGCCUUCUUUGGCCAGAUUGGAUUGGCCAACGAUGCAGAAACCGAAAAGAGCGCAUGCGCGGCAUCAUUGAGAAGCAGCGAGAAAAGUCCCUUAAGAUUAAGUGAAGCCAUAAAACGAAGACAUUUUCUAGGAGCAUGAUGAUUCAUUUUUAGAAUUAUAUAGAAUUACCUGUACCAUUUACCUCCCAUUAUUUCCCCUGCCCCUCUCAAAAACUAUGUUUUAAGCUGUUGUGUAACCUAGUUUAAGCAUUCGCACAAGAAAACCACACCAAACUUAGGCAUGUAAUUGAUCGUCUGUAAGUGUUAUUUGUAUUAUUACCGCCCAAGUGUAGUUGUAAGCAUAAAAAACCUAAUCCAA